AUGGCUAAGCUUCAGUCGGGGAACGGAGUGCAAUGGAGGGACAGCAGGAGUCCGCGGGGCACGCCGGAGAAUCUGGCCGAGCACGAGAGCUCUUCUCUGGGCUCAGACUCCGAAAUCAACGGGUUCGCCAACACGGAGACCCAGACCGACAGAUAUGGCUUCAUAGGAGGAGCUCAACAGAGCGCAGGAGAAAAUGAUGAUAUUCCUCCAGACGUGCUCCGGCAGAGAGAAGCCAAAUGGCUGGAUAUGCUGAACAGCUGGGACAAGUGGAUGGCCAAAAAACACAAGAAGGUGAAGUUGCGUUGUCAGAAGGGCAUCCCUCCAUCUCUCAGAGGUCGUGCGUGGCUUUAUCUUUCUGGAGGCAAAGUAAAGAAAGAACAGAAUCAGGGCAAAUUUCAGGAGUUGGACAGUCAGCCAGGAGAUCCUAAAUGGCUGGACGUGAUAGAAAAAGACCUCCACAGACAGUUUCCCUUCCACGAGAUGUUUGUAGCUCGAGGAGGCCACGGGCAGCAGGAUCUGUUCCGGGUGUUGAAGGCAUACACACUGCACCGACCGGAGGAGGGUUACUGUCAGGCGCAGGCCCCUAUAGCCGCAGUGCUGCUCAUGCACAUGCCUGCUGAGGAUGCAUUCUGGGGUCUGGUCCAGAUCUGUGAGAAGUAUCUGCCCGGAUACUACAGCGCAGGCCUGGAGGCCAUCCAGUUAGACGGCGAGAUCCUGUUCGCUCUGCUCAAGCGCGUGUCCCCGGUGGCCUACCGGCAUCUUAAGAAACACAAGAUUGACCCCAUCCUCUACAUGACAGAGUGGUUCAUGUGUGCCUUUUCUAGAACGCUGCCCUGGGCGUCUGUGCUGCGCGUGUGGGACAUGUUCUUCUGUGAGGGAGUGAAGAUCAUCUUCCGCGUGGGUCUGGUGCUGCUGAAGUGCAUGCUGGGAUCUCAAGAGAAACUGAAGGCGUGUCAGGGCCAGUAUGAGACCAUGGAGCUGCUCAGAUCUAUUGAGCCACGAUACAUGCACGAGGUUUUCCUAGUGCAAGAGGUCAUUGAAUUGCCCUUGUCUGAGCGAGACAUAGAGAAGGAGCACCUCUCUCAGCUCCGCCGCUGGAAGGAGACCCACGGAGAGCUGCACUGUAAAUCCCCACCCAGAAUGCACGGCGCCAAAGCCAUCAUGGCCGCCGAGCCGCCCAGUCGCCAGGAGCUCAAACAAAACCCCACAAUCAUCAUCGAGGCACCGCAGACCACAGAGAGCCAUGCGGACAAAGGGAAAAAAGUCAAGAAGAGCAAAACGGAGAAGAAUAAAGACACAAUGAACACCUCGCCUCCCCUUAAUCCGUACCCGUUACCCAGAGACCCAGCACUGCAGAGCGAAAACCUCUCGCCGCUCCUGCAGAAAGACACAAUCCUGCAGAGCUCCAAUCAGAGUCUGAGCAGCGCAGAGCACGACACGUACCUGUAAACCAGUUUACUGAGCUAAAACAUCAGUCCGCUCCUGCCUCCCCACUCUCAGGACUUCACAUCAGAGGGGAUUUCACAUGACCAAGCUAGAGUCAUGACUUGUGAGAGUCACAGUCACGUAGGAGAAGUUAUUACAGAGGAUGCCACUUUACAUCAUGAGCUUUAAAGUGUGUUUACAGGAUUAUGUAUAUGUGCAUGUUUGGAAAUGAAAUGAAGGACAAAUAACCAAAAGCAGCUCUCAGAUCUCUAAAUGAAGUGUUUAUGAGCUGCGCUGGAUGCAGAUGUUCUCAUGCGGUUUAAACUAGUUAUGGUUCCUGUACAGAAGACACACUGUAGUGGGAUGCAAACUACAUUUCCUCCAUCUUCCUCAGGAGAUUACAUUUGUCUGUUUUUGUUCUUUAAUAUUUAUGCCUAAAUGAAAGAUUUUUGUAUUUGAGUCGCAUAUAAAACGUUCAUCCUCCUUACACAGUUUCUACAUAAAUUAACUAAUAAAUUUAAUAUGAAGCAGAUUUGUCAGUCAUGCAUGAAACGGGAAAGAUUUCUGUAAUAGUACUUGUAAAAUACAAAUUUUGAAUGCACAAAAACCUGGUUUAUAUAUUUAUCAUCAAUCAAUCCAGUUUGUUACAUUCAUUUGAACUGAUUGGAUAUUACCUGUUCAUACUUUUUAACUGAAUACAUGUAAUUAUUUUCACGUUUUAUGCUCAUUAUAAGCAUGCCUUAUAAUGCUCUAUUUAUAUAUGACUGACAAAUGUUCAUCACAUGAAGUUUAAUAGGUUUUUUAAACAGCGUAAUUCUAAUGGAUGGACAUUUCAUAUGCAAUUCAAAUACAUGAAUCUUAAAUUUAGGCCCAAGAAUGGUUCUCCUAAAAAAAUAACAAUGUUGCAAUUGCAGUUUUGAAGAAUCUUCACACUGCGCUUCUCCACAGUGACCCAUCUGGCAUUAAAACGCCUUACAAGUUAAUAUGACAUACAGUAGUAUGCUCAUAUAGACUGCUGUCAUGGCGUUUCCUUAACUGUUAGGUCAGUGUAAAUAUUCUUCAGAGAAAAAACACUUGUCAUUAGCAUCAAAAUGAGUGGAAGAUCUGCGUGGCAGAAAUUGCUUUUCUGAAUUCAGUUGUAAUUCAUUGUCUUGACCACUAAGGGACUCUAAUGAGCUGCUUCUUUUUUUUUCAAUCCCAAAUUCAGUUGCAGUUCACCUUCUUGAACAUUAGAGCAGAAUUGGGAGAGAGCACAUCAACUGACCAAAUAUUGUACAGAUUCAUGUUCUCUGACAUUGCUGAAAAAAUAAACUAGAUAAAACUAUUUAACUUAGUGCCAAAAUGAAAACAGAAUUUACUAUUUUGCUAAAUAGAUUUUAAUUUCCUGCAAAAGUCAGUCGUAAUCAUUGAAUGAACUUUUGGGAGAAUCAUGAUAUGAGGCUAGCAGGUUUGCACAUAUACUGUGUACAUUCCCGCCGCAUGUUCCAGUUAUAUAACCAUCUUGAAUUUCUGUUGCGGUCCAAUGUUAUCUUAUGUGUAUGUACAUGACUUUAGACUGUCAAAUUCUUGACCAAGAGAUUGUUUUUGCACAUUGCCAUCUUGAUUUACUAAAAAUGAAGGCAUGCAGUAGGGCACAAUACUCUGACCUUUUGUAGGGUGAAGAAAAAUUAUAUUUUUUAAAUAUCAAUGAUUUAUUUUCUCUGAUGUAAAUAGAAUAGCCAAUACUAUUGUAACACUGAGACUUUAUUUGUCUUUUUGCUAUUGCUUCUUGUAAGAUAUGUAUAUUCAUGAGAAUUUAUGGCAAUAUUUCUCAUGUAUUUGCUUAUUGGUCGAGGUGUAGACAUUUUUGCUGCAAGUCUUUUUCUUUGAGAGGAAGUGGUCUAGCUCAUAUCAAAUGAUAUUUCAUUUAACUGACAUCAUUCACCCAAUAUUUCACUAAAAGGGACCACAAACUGACACUUAGUAUGCAUGCUUGAUCUCUAUGGACUGCUGAAUUGUAUGGGCUGAUGAUCCAUGUGUCAUAUUUAUUAAGCUUUUUAGAGUUAGAUUCAAUACUCUUGUGGGAAAUUACAUGCAUUGAGCUUGAGAAGGUAUUCUCAUAUAGAUUUAGUGCCAAAACAAUGCCGUAAUAAAGCUAUAUUACAUUUUUAAUGAGAGAAGCAAGCAUAUUCUUAAUUUUGUAACACUUUAUUUUCAGUGUCCUUACACAUUACAUAGUUACUGUAGUAAUAGCAAUAACAUUUGCAUAAUUACGUGCUGCUAGCAUCAGUUAAUUAUUAUUACUCAGUAAUUACAUGUAUAAUUAAACUGUAACAUGGACACUGACAUAAAUUGUAAUCCUUCAUUUUUGUAAUCCUAUGUUGGUAACUUUACAAUUAGGUUCUAUUACAUCAAAUAGUGCAUUAACUAACAAUGAGCAAUACAUUUGUUACAGGAUUUUUAAUCUUUGUUAAGAUUAAUAGGUAACACUUUAUUUUACGGUGCCUGUUACAUGUAGUAAUGGCUAUACAUUAUGCACAGUUACAUGCAACUAACCCUAAACCACACCCCAAUACCUAAACAUAUAGUACAUGGUUAAUUGAUAUAACUGUAUCACACUGUGACAAUGACACCUUAAAAUAAAGUGUGACAUAUUAAUGCUUUAGAGGUAUUUCAUGUUUACAGUUAACAAAUGAAACCUUAUUGUAAAGUGUUUGCCAUAUUUACUGGUUUCGUUGAUGCACUAGUUCAAAGAUUUACAUUUUUGAUCCCUUGAAAGGAACCAGCUGAAAUCCAGCACUAUUUGGGAGAAUCCACAUGUCACUUUGACAAGAAAUUAGUCAUUUUUUUAUUUAAUUUCCCUGUUUUCUUUCUUAAUCACACUCAAAUUUUUACAUCCUCUUGUAUGCAAAUUCAAGUUUGAGCAGUUUUUUGAAAAUUAAAUAAAAGUGAUACUCUCAGCUUG